AUGGGGCUACGCGGGCGACGCCCAAUUCCCGAAGAUGAUGAUCCGUACAAACCAGAGAUCAUUCCUAUUGCGCUGCAGAAUAGCCUUGAGCCUGGAGUAUUACUAGUAGCAAUUCAUGAGGGUCUUGGCCUCUCAGUCCCGCAGUAUGAGGCGGCCCUCGCGCAUGGAAAUGGUACCUCCAACAUCACAUCCCAAAGUGGAGGAGGCCUUAUUCUUCCACUUUCUGAUCAUGAUAGCCUGCCAUAUGCCACUCUGGAGUUGGACGGAUCUGAAAUCUCCGUCAGCGCCGCCUCUGGGACCAGAGAAAACCCAGUAUGGUCAACAAAAUUGAGAGAUAGGAUCCACAAGUUUGACAUUUUUAGAGCUGCGGAGUUGACAAUACGUCUUUACACGAGGAACCUGGGCCAUCGUGAAGGAAGCCACGAUGUAUUAUUUAUCGGCUGCGCGAAGAUGAAUCCUGUCUUUGGAGACGAGGUCCAAACAGAAUGGCUGCCAAUCAAGAACGGCACUGGCAAAUUGCACGUCGAGGUCGAAUACGUCAAGAAUAAGACACUGCGUAUUGAGACGUCGAAGAAACCUCGCUUCUUUGGUUCUUCAAUAAUGGUCCGUUUAUCGCACCGCUCAAAUUCAUUGCGCAAACACGCUCGCAGUUUUGUUUAUUUUGGCCAUUUGUUUCUGGUGGACACCUCUUCUACCAUCUACAACGGGCGCAGCGCUUCCACGCUGACAGGGCAAGACUCUAUGCCGCAGAGAUUCUGGUCGCGCUGGACACCGACUAACACUACCGCAUCAAAGUGGUGGACGUUGGGGGCUUUCCUAUUCGAGAUGCUAACGGGGUCGCCUCCUUUUUACGAUGAAGACGUGGAACAGAGACGCCGUAACAUCCUCUCGGAACCUCUCUCAGAUGACCGACUCGGGUUUAACGGGGCAUCUGAAAUCAAGGCUCAUCACUAUUUCGAUGGCCUCGACUGGGAUAAAGUUGCACGGCGAGAAUAUGAGCCUGCGUUCAAGCCCCAUGAAUUUGCAAUGAGCUUUGAACAAGAAGGAAAACGCGAAACUGCCGAAAGCGUGAAAGAGAGGUUUUCGGGUUGGAGCUGGGGCACGCCCAUGCCUUUCCAAAGGGAUCCGGCCGUGCCAGCUGCUGUGGAGUCUCAUCCUGUUGCUGAUGAGAAGACGGAGGAUUGGGAACUGGUCUGGCAACGUAAAGACCAAUCAUUCUAUUUCUAUAAUCGCUCUACCGAGACGAAAAAGCCGAUCGUCGCCGCACGCUCAUAUCUACCGAAGCGGCCUGAUGAAACGCAGGAGGCACUUGAAGCAGUGCUGAAGAACAAGUAUAUGCAUCUGGUUCCCACAAUGCUGGAGGAAUACAGCGUCAAUCUAAACUUUCAGCUUGGUUUUACCCAAACAACACCACUAGAUUACAUCACAGGGCUGCAAGAAAUCGAUAUGAAAGGAAAUCAAGAGCUCGUGCAAAUGCUGGUUCGGAGAACAGACCGCAUUCCUUGCACUAGAGCAUUGGGCCAUGCCGUGAGCAAGCAGGAUACCCCGAUUGUCAACAUCUUGCUCGCAAACGGGGUCAAGUGCGAUUUUGAAGAGGCAGACCGGCCACGAUCCGCUGGCAACUAUAGCGAAUUCAACCUGGAGAUGAACGCGACGACUGUCAGGGACAGUUCCGAACCAGAAGAGUACAUGCCACCACUCGUCCGGGCCAUCAGUCUGGGUGAUGCGGACCUGGUGCGGCUGCUGCUCGCUCACGGAGCAAAUGUCAACGCCGGCUAUCAUGAUUUGGGCACUCUCCUGCCGGGUGGAUUUCCAUCUUGGUUUGACCGCAUUUACAUGCAAUGCGGUAGGCCGAUACAGUUGGCAAUGGAGCUGGGACACGAGGAUCUGGUGCGGCUACUGCUCGAGAAUGGUGCAGAUAUCGGCCUUGCUCAGCCGGUUUGGCGGUAUCACGACUGCAAAAUGAUUUCAAGGGAGAUCCAUCACCAAAUCACAGCACGGCUAAGGUCGAUAGCAGCGUCGGUAGCCCAAGGUAUAAUGUCUCAAACAGCGCUUUCCUGACUUGAUCUGCAUAUAUUAGAAAGUGAAAACAAGAAGC